UCCUCCCGACCACGAGUUGCAGCUAGCCUAGCAGUCGGAGGACGGUUGCUUGGUAUUAGCAAGCGGGAAGUAUGGCGGUGGCGCGCGUUGACGCGGCUUUGCCUCUUGGAGAAGGAUCAGUGGUCAAUUGGUCAGGACAGGGGCUACAGAAAUUAAGUCCAAACUUACCCUAUGAAGUUGAUAUUCAUACUUUGAUUCUGGAUAAAAAUCAGAUUAUUAAAUUGGAAAAUCUUGAGAAAUGCAAACGUUUAAUACAGUUGUCAGUGGCUAACAAUCGGCUGGUGCGGAUGAUGGGUGUGGCCAAACUGACCCAACUCCGGGUGUUGAAUUUGCCUCAUAAUAGCAUUGGCUAUGUGGAAGGCCUAAAGGAGCUAGUACAUUUGGAAUGGCUGAAUUUGGCAGGAAAUAAUCUCAAGGCCAUGGAACAAAUCAAUAGCUGCACAGCUCUUCAACACCUCGAUUUAUCAGACAAUAACAUACCCCAGAUAGGUGAUCUAUCUAAAUUGGCAUCACUGAAGACCCUACUUUUACAUGGAAAUAUCAUCACCUCUCUUAGAAUGGCACCUGCUUAUCUGCCCAGAUGUCUUGCUAUACUUUCUUUGGCAGAAAAUGAAAUCCGGGACUUAAAUGAGAUCUCUUUUCUGGCAUCCUUAACUGAAUUGGAACAGUUGUCGAUCAUGAACAAUCCUUGUGUGAUGGCAACACCUUCCAUUCCAGGGUUUGACUAUCGGCCAUACAUCGUCAGCUGGUGCUUAAACCUCAGAGUCCUAGAUGGAUAUGUGAUUUCGCAGAAGGAAAGUUUAAAAGCUGAAUGGCUGUAUAGUCAAGGCAAGGGGAGAGCAUAUCGGCCUGGCCAGCACAUCCAGCUUGUCCAGUAUCUGGCUACAGUCUGUCCUCUCACUUCUACGCUGGGUCUUCAGACUGCAGAGGAUGCCAAACUAGAGAAGAUUCUGAGCAAGCAGAGGUUUCACCAGAGGCAGCUGAUGAACCAGAGCCAAAAUGAAGAGUCAUCUUCUCUUGCUCCUGUUGAAACAAGGGCACCCCUUGUAUCGGAGCAUUCCAGCCCCAUUCAAGAUUGCCAGGUAGUCCAGGAAAGUGAACCCGUCAUCCAGGUCAAUUCUUGGGUUGGGAUAAGCAGUAAUGAUGACCAUUUAUAUGCUGUUAAGAAUAACUUUCCAGCCUCUGUACACACUACAAGAUAUUCUCGAAAUGACCUGCACCUGGAAGACAUCCAGACAGAUGAAGACAAGUUAAACUGUAGUCUUCUCUCUUCAGAGUCUACUUUUAUGCCAGUUGCGUCAGGACUCUCUCUAGUAUCACCUACAGUUGAGGUGAGGCUGCAAGACACUAACUUGGGCCUAGAAGAUGAUGGUGCUGCCGAUGAAUCUGUGAAAUGUCCGGAAAACAACGGCUUUGAUAAGGAAGGGGAAAAGGCUUUUUGGGCUGCAAAUGAGAAUUCUGUUGAGAUGACAAAAAGUGCUAUCAGUACAGAGGUAAAUGAGAAAGAUGGGCUAUUACUUUGUCCUGAGCCAACAGUAACCAAUGCCGUCAUAAAGGAUGACACCCACAGUCUUACAUCUUUUCCUGAGUCAGUUGGACAUGAUGUCUUCCAUGCGCAGCCAGACAGUGAAGAAACCAUGUCUCAAACAGCUUCAGAGAAACUUCCUUGCAGGGUUUUAACCCACAGAUCUCUUACUUUGGGACAAAAUAAAGUUGCCCUUCAGAAAUUGAAUGAAGCAGCCACCAAGCUUCAGGCCUGUUGGCGGGGCUUUUAUGCCAGAAACUACAACCCACAAGCUAAAGAUGUACGCUAUGAAAUCCGGCUGCGCCGGAUGCAGGAGCACAUUGUCUGCCUAACUGAUGAAAUAAGGAGAUUACGAAAAGAAAGAGAUGAAGAACGUAUUAAAAAAUUUGUAGAAGAAGAGGCUGUCAGAUUCCUUUGGAACCAGGUAAGGUCUCUACAAGCUUGGCAGCAGACGGUGGACCAGCAUCUAAGUUCCUGCCGUCCUGAUGUUCCUCCUGUAUCAAGUACUCUGGUGCCAUCUAACCCUCCAUUAUUCACCCAAAGUCAGGAGCCCUCUUCUGAUCAAAACUCCGAUUGGUUCAUUGCUCCUGUUGAAGCUCCUCAAGAGAAAUCCUUACCAGAAUUUCCAGACUCUGGUUUUCAUUCCUCCUUAACAGAACAAGUUCACUGUUUACAGGAUUCUUUGGAUUUUGAAAAAAGUUCCACAGAAGGUAGUGAAAGUUCCAUAAUGGGGAAUUCCAUUGACACAGUCAAAUAUGGCAGAGAGUCAGAUAUAGGGGAUGUUAGUGAAGAACAUGAUGAAUGGAGUAAGGAAAGCUCAAACAAUGAGCAGGAUAAUAGUCUCCUUGAACAGUAUCUAACUUCAGUUCAACAGCUAGAUGAUGCUGAUCAGAGGACACAUUUUGAUGAAGGGACGGGAGAUAGUAAGCCUGACAUAGCUCGUUCCCCUGAAAACUUAGAUAUCUUGUCUGACAGUGCUUCUGUAGAUGACACUCAUGGCACAUCUCCUACUUUGCAAGAUGAAAUCAAUCAGACACCAGAGAAUUGUGAAUUAAAUGCAGAAGUUCAAGGGCAGCAGUCAGAAUGUAAUUCUACAUUUCAGGUAUUGCAUGUUGGUAUUAUUGUGUAGCAUGUCUGGUUGUUUGGGAAGCAGAAGUCCACUUAAUUUAAGAAUAUUUUCAGUUGGCUUCUUUUGGGAAAGAAGAAUAUUUCUCCCAAUUUUGUUACUAUUUAUAUAGAAUUUAUAUUCUUGUCUCAUAUUUUCCACAUCUUAGGUACUAAGCUGAAUCUUCAUUUUGAUUUAGUUGGCUUUUUACUUAAGCUGUAAUGUAUCAAACAAUAUUCAUAUUGAAAGCCACAUGCACUUUAUUAACAACUAAAUUGAAUCAACAGUGUUCCUGUGUUUUUAUGUAUUCAUUUCCUUUCAAAAAUAAACUAGAAUACCUUAAAGAAGAUAGAAAAUUUUACCUUAAAGAUAUAAAUAAGAGAAUUUUAAUUCUUCUGUAUGUGAGGAAAUUAAUUAUGUAGUGAGGAAUGCAGUUGGUUACAGUGAACAUAAAUGACAAAUGUAAGGAUUGUGAACUACUGAAAUUUGCCAUCCUCCUUGGAGUAAGAACAUGUGUUUUUAAGCCUUUCUCCUCCCUUAUGAGUCAAGGGAAGCCUUCUUGUAAGCGAAUAGGGAGAAGAGGUAAGAUUAUAUGAUGUUUCAGUGGGGAUGAUUAGAUUGUCUCAUGGAAAACUUUAGUAAAUGCCAUGUAUCAGUUUUAACCUAUGAAGCAAAGUGUUCCAUCCAGAAUUAAAGUCAAGCUUAUUUAAAGAGGCAACACAAGACUAUUUCUCUUAGGUAUAGGCUCCAUUCACUUGGAAUAAUGUCACAGCAAACAUUUAUUAUCUUUUCAUUUGGUAAUUUUUUUACCCCAUAGAUAAGCACUUAUGUGCCAAUAUAGUGCCAGAAAUUAAUGUUUGUUUUCUUUGUUCCUGCUUUAUAUUUGCUUAUGUUUUUCAGCAGAGGCCCAUGAUCAUUUACUUCACUCUUGACCUCUGCCUCAUAGAGAAGAACAUUUAAAAUAAUACCAGUGGUAGAAUAUGAAUGACAUUUUUUUUUUUAAAGAAAUUUUUUUUAAUAUGGCUGUGUUGGGUCUUUGUUUCUGUGCGAGGGCUUUCUCUAGUUGUGGCAAGCGGGGGCCACUCUUCAUUGUGGUGCGCGGGCCUCUCACUAUCGCGGCCUCUCUUGUUGCGGAGCACAGGCCCCAGACGCGCAGGCUCGGUAAUUGUGGCUCACGGGCCCAGUUGCUCCGCGGCAUAUGGGAUCUUCCCAGACCAGGGCUCGAACCCAUGUCCCCUGCAUUGGAAGGCAGAUCCUCAACCACUGCGCCACCAGGGAAGCCCUGAAUGACAUUUUUUUAAGGACUAUUUUCUAUAUAAAUCUCUGAAAAAGUGCCACAUUCAGAAGACAGUUUAAUGGUGGUAAAGAAAAAAUAAACCUCAUUCAUUUCUUUACUUAUUAAAAGAAUAUAUGUCUGUAACUCCAGGAAGAAAUGAUAAUAUUGUGUUUGAAUGUUAUAGAUAGAUGCAUUCGCAAAUCAAGGAUAAUUUUUGGAAGCUUGAUAUUUUAAUCUUUGAGAAUGUUCUGAUAUCAUUGAACAACACAUAUCUGACUUCCCCCCAGUCUAUGGACGUACAGUGAUUUAAAACUAUGGCAAUACUUAACUGUUCUCUAAAUUUAGGUGCUAAAUAUGUAUUCAUUAUUCAGUUACAGUCACUAGGUCCCCUUCUUUGAAGUUAUAUAAAAUAAAAGCUGGUCCUUCCAAGAAUAAAGUCAGGGAUCACAUUUUAUACUUCGUUGAUGGUUAGAAACAUUUCUCCAGUAUGGGUAAGAUGCAUUUUUCUCGGUUUAUAAACGUGUAGCACUCAGGUUGAGAAGACUUGGAUUUCAUUCUCAGAAAUCCAGAAUCUCUUGCAAAGGAAAUAUUUUCUGUCUCAUAAACAAAAUAGCAGUCUUACAUUCAAAGGAUUUUCCCUAGCAAAGCAUGUAUAACAUUGAAUGCAUGUUAAAUAAAAGUAGAAUUUUUAACUUUUUGAAUAAUGCUAAUUAUCUCUUAUGAAUGAUUUUGAAUUUUCUUCUUAAAUCUACCUGAUUUUUCUAUUUUACAGUUAAGUGCCUCAUUUGCUGCCCAUAGUUAGACAAAGGAAAACCAACUUGCACCGCACUAGUACCAAAGUGCUGUUUCAUGGUACAUUAAUUUCUCAUAAAAGCUCCUGAAAUGUCGUGGUUCAGUAUUACCUAAGUAGGUUUCUCCUGACAUCUCCUCCCUCCUCUCUUUUUUUGAGAAAUGGCAAAACACAACUGAAUUCAUUUGAACAUCAGCAUUUGUCAGCAAGAUUUUUUUUUUUACCUUUGUGUUGUUUUUGUAGCCCAUAAAUGGUAUUCAACAUACUUUUGAAAUUGACAGAAUAUGAUAAUGACUAAUACUCUGCUGUAUUUAACUUCACUGGUUUUGAAGUGCAGGAAUAUUAAGUAGCCCCCAACCUUAACUGUAUAGAUUAUCUUGAAUGUAAAUAGGAUGAAAAUAAUGUAAACUACACCCCCAGCCUAGACCUGGCUGGCACAGUAUAAUUAAAAUAAUUUAUUUAACUAAGAUAUUUGGUUUUAACUCUGGGCUAUUCAUUGUUCUGGCUGAAGAGGGAAUGGGCCUAGUAAGGUUUGAGAAGUUGAGCUUUAACACAGUCUUUGUGUUUUUCUAAUAGGAGAGGUUUAGUUCAGCUGUGCUAUUUUAGUUCAGUUCUCUUGAUUUAUGGACAUUCAGUAUAUCAAUUAAAUAUUCCUUCAGAAGCACAGAAUCAUACCAUGUGAGAAUUAUAAGGAACCUUAGAGAUUGUCUAUUCUAAUCUCUUUGUUUUAAAGAUGAAACUAAAGCACAGAGAACUUAGAUGACUUUUCUGAGGUUAUAGCUAGUUUAUAGAAAAAAAACCGUGGAAACUUAAACGUUAUUGUAUUCCAAAAUUUUAUUAUAUACUUUCUAUUAUUCUUUACAUUUAGUAAGUCAGUAAGAAAGUCUCUACAGAUUUUUUAUUCUCUUUGAAAGAGAAAAAAUACUUCUAGGAGAGCUAGAACUCUACCACUCAAGGCAGAGUGGCUUGUAGAAAACAACUGAUUCAUUCAGAACCCUAAGUGAAUUUUCUCCAAGAAAUGUGAUUUGAUUAAAAUGGUUCUUAAAGAGUAACGCAGUAGAAACUAACCUUUUGAAAGAAUAACUGCAUCUUGGAGUCUAUUUUUUGAUGACAAGAAGUAUAACAGAUUGCUGAGAUAUAUAAAAUUUUCUAGUGAAAAGCUAGUUUGAUUAUAUUUCAUCUUUAGUUUUACAGAACAACAGAUGUUAGUUUUAACUCUCCUGGUGUGCAGAAAGCUUCAAUCAUGACAGUUGAUAUAUAAACAAUACAGUUUGGUUUUUAUAAAUUUAAUUAUAAAAGGCCUUAUAAUAUGCAUGUUUUUAGGAAAAUAUUUAGCCACACAGUUGUUAGUAUAUAUGCAGAAUACUUUAUUCUUGAAUAAUGUGGGUGCCAUUCUUGAGUGUGGAUUUUUCUUUUAUUUUGUUUUGGAUUAUUUUAAAUAUACAAAUACCAUAAUAGUGUAUUUUUCUGUUAUCUACUUAAGACAGGUCUAGUUCCACUUUUAAUAAGUAUUUUCAGAAGCAACAUGGACUGAAGAUAUCAUACUAUCUCCCUUGGUCGUUUUUUGGGCAUCAAUUCUUAGAGUUGGAUUUAUAACAAUAAUAUAAAAUAUAAAAAAAAAUUAUUUUCUGGACAAUUAAGACAUAAAAAGGGAAAAUAUAAAAUAGGUCUGAUCAAUUUCCCACUUGUUAAUGAA